AAUGGGGCAGAGCAGGGAGGGGGUGAGUUGCCUGCUGGACGGGACUGAAACGUCCUUCAUAUAAACCGGUGACAAAGUGGCGAGCAGUGGGCCCCCGGGCGGCAGAGAUCAGAGCCAGUACACAGACGCAGAGACCGAGAAGAGGAGACCGAAGCACCGAGCAGCGCGCACGGCGGUGACUGGAGCCACAGCAACACAACGAGGAGACCCGCGAACACAACCAAACUAAUCCGGACGGAGCCGUAUUUAUUCCCGCCUACAGAGAUGGACCUCACCUCAUCCCCUUCGCUAUUAAUUUGCGUGGUUUUGGCGGCCGCCCUGAUUGGCGGGACCCGCUCGGAGGGGGUGUGUCUUCAAGAUGGUAAACACAAGGCCACGCCCAGCCCGGAGCCACACCUGACUGAGUGCUCUCUGUAUGCAGACAAUAGCUGCUGCACAGAAGAACAAAUCCAGGACAUCUCUCAUGUUCCUUCUGCCAAUAAUCAGAAUGAACCCUGGGACAAGUGUGGAUCCCUCAGCCCUGAGUGUGAAGGCUUCCUGAAGCGCGUGUUGUGUUUUUAUCGCUGCUCCCCUGACGCUGCUCGCUGGCCUCAUCCUCAGCGCAGCUCAUACAUCCAGGCUGUUCCUCUCUGCCACAGCUUCUGCCGUGAUUGGUGAGGCUGCCAGCACGUUACCAAACAAACUAAAGUCUAAAUCCCCUGUCAGCGAAGGGAUCCAAGGGGAAAAAAUAGCACUUCUACCUGUUUCUGCACUCUCCAAUGUCAGGAUAUGUACCAGCACGGCAGAGAUCUCUGCGAAAGUCUGUGGGGUGAUGCCUUCAUGACGGUCGAGGAUGAGCCGGAGGAGGUUGGAGAGGCCGGAGAAAUCGGAGUGGAUGUCGACGGCGUUCGUCCCUGCGGCUGCCUGACUCUCAGCCCCUCGGACAAGGACGUGAUUGCCGCUCUCAGAGCCCAGCAGGACGACCCGGAGGAGCUGGAUACCACCAAGACCGGCUUGCCUCAGUACCGGGCCCCUUGCCAGGCCAAGCUGCCCGUGCAGCCCAGAAUGGGAAACUCCGUGCUGCGUAAGCGCUCGGUGGAGGUGGAAGACGUGGAGGGGAGUGGCAGCGGUUUGUAGAUGGUGAUACAUGUAUUCUUAGUGAUAAUCCUCUAGAUCAUCAUAUACAAAAAUCAAUCCCUUGAAAGGGAGUUAUAUCCUUUCUCCUCUAACUAAAGUAAACCAUACAAAUUUAAGCUCUCAUUACUAUCUUCAAAUCGCAGGCAUAACUUCUUUGAUUUACAAAAAUGAUCUGAUUAUCUGAUUUAAGUGACAAGCUUAUGAACACCCGAUCGAUUCUUUGAACAGCCAGGAUUAAACGAAACACCAAGAAAAGGUUUUCAAAUGAAUUUAAGAAAACUACUCAAAGCUGAAAUCCUCAAUAUUUUGAAAGGGCUCAAUAACAAAUACACUUAAGACAUCCCAUGAUGGCUGCAAAGUGUUUUUAUUGCCAGCUAACAAGAGCAUCUUUAGUGGGAAUUUGCUUUUAUGGCUCAGUGUAACACAUGGUCACAUGGUAAAAGUCCUGCAGUAUUAGCACUUCUGCAUGAGUCAAACAUGUCAAACCCAAAGUACUACUUUUCAUGACAAUGUUGAAAACAAUAUAUCACCAUCCCGCUACUUAUCUCAACUGUCUACUAGCUGGCUUUGAUUUGUGCUUUAGUCACUUGUUAAAUGCAUUAAUUAGUCCUGUGAUUCCAUAAUGUGCAGUCUGCUUGUCAUGGAGUUUAUGAUAGUGGAGAACGUCAAAAGUUUUAAUCAUAAUUUUGAAUGUAUCUGAGAUUUUUCUAACACAGUUAACUGACCUGAAAGCAAGUGUUCUGGUAUGAGAACAACAGCACCUAAUACCUGAGGGGAAGGUUUAGUAUUCAGAAACAACAUCGGAGUAAAUCAGCAGGGGCAGCGUCCGUGCCAGAUAAGGUUGCUCCGGUAGUUCGGUCAUGUAUCACCGAUGUACUGUGGGUGUUUUAUAAGUAGGCCAUGUGUUUCUACAGUUGGGAACUGUUAGAUGUAAAUGUUUUAUAAGAAAACAAAAAGGGAGAACUAAUUUGUUUGAUUUACCAUAAGCUUGCUGAAAUGGGUGUUUCUGUGCUUUUCUUUUCAUUCUCAAUAAAAACAUUUCUAAACAUU